CUACCAUGCCAGGCGAAGCAACAGAAACGGUCCCAGUCACCGAGCAGGAGAUGCAGCAGCCUCAAGUUGAGACUGCAACACCUCCUGCCCAAGCUGCCACCCAGAAACCCAAGGCUGCUGGUGGCAAUGUUAAGGCCAAAGGCAAAGAUGCUAAGAGUGGGUCGAGUGCCACUGCCCCAAAGGCUGUCCCUGGCAGAAGAAAACGAUCCUCAAUGUCUGCCUCUUCUGCAUCUCCUACUUCCCCAAAGAAUACUCCUUCCUCAACCCCACGCUCUCCUGUAGCAUCUCCUCUAGCCUCUUCUAUUGAUUCAUCUAAAACCCCAAAGGUUGUUAAGGCUGGUAAACAAGGAAAACCUAAAAAAGGGGAAGCCUUUGUGUCGCCUUCAGUCCCUGCACCUGUGGAAUCUAAGGCAGCUCCUGCAGAGAUGAAGCCAAUAGACCCUAAGCCAGACUCGGUUGAAGUGAAGGCUAAACCUACUCUUGCUCAUCCUCAAACGGCCUCACCAAGCCUCACCAAGCCUGCUUCCGCCCCUGUUGCCUUUAAGGUGACCUCAAAGCCUGCAGCAUCAGCCCCAGUUUCAUUUUCAGAUGCUCUUGAGUCCGGCACCUCCAAAGCACUAGUUGAAAAUAAAACCGCCCUACCUCAAGCAGCCCCGGUUACUCCAGUAACUGAUGAGGAUCUCCCACCCCUCAUCCCACCAGAAAAGGCAGUCAGUAUGCCAGCUGCUCCUCUAGAAGCCGUGAAACCAACACCCGAGGCGGAGGCUGUGACACCUUUACCCAAGGCAGAAGCUGCCAAGCCAGCACCCAAGUUGGAGGCACCCAUAGUAAAGGCUACCAUGGUGGAGGCCCCCAAGGUAGAGGCUGCCAUUCCGGCACUCAAGGUAGAGGCUGCCAUUCCGGCACUCAAGGUAGAGGCUGCCAUUCCGGCACUCAAGGUAGAGGCUGCCAUUCCGGCACUCAAGGUGGAGGCACCCAAGGUGGAGGCACCCAAGGUGGAGGCACCCAAGGUAGAGGCACCCAAGGUAGAGGCACCCAAGGUGGAGGCUGCCAUUCCGGCCCCCAAGGUGGCAGCACCGAAGGUAGAGGCUGCCAUUCCGGCGGCACCCAAGGUAGAGGCUGCCAUUCUGGCCCCCAAGGUAGAGGCUAGAAAGGUGGAGGUACCUGAGGUAGAGGCUGCCAAGGUGGCGGAUGUCAAGCCAGCUCCAAAGGUAGAGGCACCCAAGGUGGAGGUUGCCAAGCCAACUCCAAAGGUAGAGGCACCCAAGGUGGAGGAUGCCAAGCCAGCGCCCAAGGUAGAGGCUCCCAAGGUGGAGGAUAACAAGCCAGCGCCCAAGGUAGAGGCUCCCAAGGUGGCGGAUGUCAAGCCAGCUCCAAAGGUAGAGGCUGCCAAGGUGGAGGUUGCCAAGCCAGCGCCCAAGGUAGAGGCUCCCAAGGUGGAGGAUAACAAGCCAGCGCCCAAGGUAGAGGCUCCCAAGGUGGAGGCACCCAAGGAGAAGAGUCCCAUGCCCCGUAAACUUACGUUUGCUGAGGCUGUUGCAAAACCUGUUGUUAAACCUGAAGUUGAGAUUAUCAGUCAACCCCCUUGUGAAUCUGAAUCAACCCCAAAAUCUGCCCCUUCAACUGCUAAAACCUCAGCCAAGGCGGUGCCUGUGAUGAAGAACGACAAGGGAUCUGGCACAGAGUCCGACAGUGAUGAGUCGGUACCUGACUUGGAGGAACAGGACUCUGCACAGACACAGACGCAGCAGGCCCAGCUUGCAGCUGCUGCCGAAAUUGACGAAGAACCAGUCAGCAAAGCCAAACAGAGCCGCAGUGAAAAGAAAGCACGAAAGGCAAUGUCAAAGCUUGGUCUGAGGCAGGUAACUGGUGUCACCAGAGUCACCAUUCGCAAGUCCAAGAACAUCUUGUUUGUCAUUACCAAACCAGACGUUUACAAGAGUCCUGCAUCAGACACCUACAUCGUCUUCGGUGAAGCUAAGAUUGAGGAUCUCUCUCAACAAGCUCAGCUGGCCGCUGCUGAAAAGUUCAAGGUACAGGGAGAAGCUGUUUCAAACAUCCAGGAGAACACACAGACGCCAACAGUACAGGAGGAGAGUGAAGAGGAAGAGGUUGACGAGACUGGCGUGGAGGUCAAGGACAUUGAACUUGUCAUGUCGCAAGCCAACGUCUCUCGGGCUAAGGCUGUACGGGCCCUGAAAAACAACAACAACGACAUUGUCAAUGCUAUUAUGGAGUUGACAAUGUAAUCGGAACGCUCGGGGCAAAGUGGUCAAUAAAGGUUGCUGAUUUACUCUACACUUGUUUGUACAAUUUAUACCCAAGAUGGAAAUAAAGUUGUGGCUUGAUAAAAUGAAA